UGCGCACCGUACAUACGCGGCCCCGCCACGCUCUCGCGAUCGUAUUUCGCGCGCGCGUGCCCAUCAUCCACGCCGCCGUCUCGCGCGUUGUUUCCCGCGUGCUCGUGUCGUCAAUCUGUUUCCGCCUCCCGUCACUGUGCGCACGGGCGACGACGACGACGACGACGACGACGACGACGACCGGGGUUGGCCGCCACCGCGCACACAGUGACGUCGUCGCCGCCGCCGCUGCCGCUGCCGCUGCCGCCGCCGCCACCGUCGUCGCCGUUGCCGUUACCGUUAUCGUCGUUGCCGUUACCGUCGUUGCCUCCGCCGCAACCAUGACGACUGUUGCACUCGGCUCGGUGUAUCUGCAACCGUGAUACGGUCAUCGUCGUCGUCGUUGUCCGUUGAUCCCCGCUGCUGGAGAGUCUGCACAGCUCUCUGAUACGCAUCGCGUCCCCUUGAACACGACAUUAUUAUUAUUAUUAUUUUUAUCAAACCGUAUGAAAUAACAAUUUUUACAUUUGCUGUCACGAUAAUAAUUGUUUUAAUAACAAUAACAUUAACAACACAUCGUGUUACAAUACCCACCAUCGAAAUACAUAUUUACAUAAUAAUACAUCGUCACCAUCAUUUUCACGACGUAAAUUCUUAUUUGACCACCUGCACUAUCGCCGACGCCGCAGCCGCGCACAGUCUCGCACACUAAUCGUCGUCGCGUUAUCCGUGCGUGCGCGCGUGUACCGUUCUCUCCACAGGGUUAAACAAAUGCCUGCCAGAAAAGGAUUAUUGGCACCACAGAAUACAUUUCUGGAUACUAUCGCAACACGAUUUGAUGGCACACAUAGUAAUUUCGUACUCGGAAAUGCUCAAGUGCCAUCAUUGUAUCCUAUAGUGUAUUGUUCCGACGGAUUCUGCGAACUCACAGGAUUUGCUCGGGCACAAAUUAUGCAGAAAGGUUGUGCCUGUAAAUUUCUCUUUGGUCCAGAUACAAGCGAUGAUCAUGUUACACAAAUUGAAAAGGCAUUGGAAUGUAAAGCUGAAUUAAAACUGGAAUUGAUUUUCUAUAAAAAAAAUGGAUCUCCAUUUUGGUGUUUGCUGGACAUUGUACCGAUCAAAAAUGAAAAACGAGAAGUGGUGUUGUUUUUGGCUUCCCAUAAAGACAUCACACAUACCAAAAUGGCGGAAAUGCACGUCGGUAUGGACUACGAUCCAGAGGAAGCAGAACCCGAAGAACCAGAACCCACGAGCAACGCAUACGGAAGACGAAGAAGCAGAGCCGUACUAUACCAACUAUCCGGGCACUACAAAAGUGAUAAACCGAAAACCGGCAAGUUAAAACUAAACAAUACACUGUUGCAAGGGUCGUCUGCACCGUUACCAGAGUACAAGACGUCGGCACUAAAAAAAUCUCGAUGGGUCCUAUCGCAUUACGGAGUCUUCAAGACAUGCUGGGAUUGGCUGAUACUGAUAGCCACGUUCUACGUGGCGAUCGUGGUGCCGUACAACGCGAGCUUCGUCAACACGGACAAACCCUCCAUGGUCAGCGACGUGGUCGUCGAGUCGCUUUUUAUCGUCGAUAUACUAUUUAAUUUCCGAACGACAUUCGUGAACAAAAAAGGUGAAGUGGUGUCAGAUUCCAAAACGAUUGCUUUCAAUUACUUGAAGAGUUGGUUCGUGGUGGAUUUAUUUGCCGCGCUGCCGUUUGACCUGUUGUACGCAUCCGACGUUUACAGUGGCGACGAAGCUGGUUCGGGGCAAGUACAUUUAUUGAAGUUGACUAGACUUCUGAGAUUAGCGAGACUAUUACAGAAGAUCGACAGAUAUUCACAAUAUGGAGGCAUGAUUCUUACUUUACUGAUGCUUCUAUUUACAUUAGUCGCACAUUGGUUUGCGUGCAUUUGGUAUGUAAUCGCUGAAAGUGAACGCCGUUUACACGGAAGAGCUUGGGAUCUAGGAUGGAUGAACACUCUCGCCGAGCGUUUACACGUCAAUGUGGAGAAUGUGACGCAUUCAGAAUCGUACAUAACUUCGUUAUACUUCACGUGUUCUAGUUUAACCAGCGUAGGGUUUGGAAACGUGUCGGCCACGACCAGCGCCGAGAAGAUUUUCAGCAUUAUUACGAUGCUAAUCGGAGCACUUAUGCACGCCGUGGUGUUCGGGAACGUGACUGCCAUCAUCCAGCGUAUGUAUUCGCGACGGUCGUUGUAUCAGAGCAAGUGGAGAGACCUAAAGGACUUCUUGACGCUGCACCAGGUCCCUAGUGAACUGAAGCACAGGAUGCAGGAUUACUUCCAGACCAUGUGGUCACUCAAUCACGGCAUCGACAUACACGAGACGCUUAAAGAGUUCCCGGAGGAGCUCAGAGGCGACGUGUCUAUGCACCUGCACCGAGAAAUAUUGCAAUUGCCCAUAUUCGAAUCUGCCUCGCAAGGUUGUCUGAAACUGCUGUCACUGCAUAUACGAAGUAAUUUUUGCGCUCCCGGCGAAUAUCUUAUCCACAAAGGCGACGCGCUCACAUCUAUUUAUUACCUGUGCAAUGGGUCCAUGGAAGUCGUUCAAAACGGGAUGGUCGUCGCUAUUCUAGGUAAAGGCGAUUUAGUUGGAUGCGACAUUAGUAUGUGGCUAGGUCAGAGCAGUGGCUCAGGCAAUACUGGUGCCGUCCCCGGUGGUGGAACCACUGGUGGCGGAACAGGAGGUGACACUGUAGUCAAGUCUAGUUGCGAUGUUAAAGCUCUUACUUAUUGCGACUUGAAAUGUAUUAACGUACUUGGACUGGUCGAAGUAUUACGGCUUUAUCCUGAAUAUCAACAAGAAUUUGCCAAUGAUAUACAACAUGACUUGACGUACAACAUACGUGAAGGAUACGAGGCCGAAGUAAUUAAACCUCACAAAGAUAUUGAUCAAAAUGGAAUAACAACAUUAACGUUGCCGUCGAUAAGCGAAGACGAUGAAAACUUACAUGAAGAAUGCGACGGAUCUCCGAAAUCACCACCUUCCCGAUCACCAAUACAUUCAAGUUACAGCCCGAGCAGACAUAACCUUACUAACCUUACUAAACUAUCUCAAAACAGGUCUAGAACGCUUCCCCGGAGUGAUAUAGAACACAGAAAAGUUAAUGUCGAUAAACUAGAUACCCAAGUUACAUCACUUCAUUAUCACGUCGCAACUUUAAGCCAAGAGGUAAAGAACGCCAUACAAGCGUUGCAAGAGCUGGCGACGACUAGCACGAAUGCCAGGUACCCGUACCCGUUGCCGGCCAGGUCGAAUCCGGAUCUGCCGGAGAACGUGAAACGGCCACUGGCGGGCAUGUUGCAGCGGAGCUCCUCGCACCCGCCCGAGGUGUUCGGCUGGGACGGGACGUACGACAGCCCGGGACACCACCAGCCGUACAACAUGCACCACCACCACUCGUACCAACAACCGCACCAGCAGUACCAGUACCAGCAGCACCAUUACCAGCCGUUGCCGCAACAGCAACAGCCACAACAGCAGCAGCACCACCACCAGUCACAGCAGUUGCAGUUGCAGUACUAUCACAGGGGGUCGGUGGCCGGCACGGCGGACGCGGCCGUCCAGACGGACGUUUCGGGCGCGGACCUGUUCGAGCGGUUCGUCAAGUCGCACCGGUCGCUCGUCCUCGAGUGGCUCAACGAAAGCGACCACGUGGCCGUAACGGUGUACGACGAAGGAGUCGCGGUCGACAGCAGUGCCGGACAACGGCAAAACGAACGGCUUUCGUCGUCGUCUUCCGCGUCCUCGUCCUCCGCGUCACCGUCCUCCGCGUCCUCGUCCUCGUCGCCACCACGCGAGUCGCGCGUCGCCCCCGUUCCCGGCACUUCGGCCACCAUCGCGGAAGAACCUCCGACCGCGCAGGACGCUCGCGAUUGGUUCGCCGGCAAACCCACGGCUACCGACCAGGACGGCGGCGCUGGCGGACGCGGCGACGACGACGACGACGACGACGACGACGGUGAAGACGGUGACGGUGGCGUGAGCAGCGGCACCGAGUCCAUUGAGAUGACGCACUUGACGCCGGCCACCGGUGCCAAGAACCUAAAGUUCCAUCCGUUCGUAUGACGACAAGACUGAAGCGGCGACGCUAAAUUCACCCGCUCCACACGGCCGCGCAAACACACGGGCCGCGACUCGUAAACGCAAUACAUUUGGUGUUCAUAUUCUCCGCACCCAAACCCUCUACCAGUGAUGAUUUUCUCCGACGCAUUUCGAUCGAUUCACACACACACAUAUUGAAACUGCGUCUUUUGGUUCCUAUCGCAUUAACUCUACCCCGCCUCCGUUAUUUAUGACAUGUAAUCCGUUUUGGUCAUUAUAUAACUCACUUUUGUGCCGUAAAGAGUCGUGUCUCGUACGCGAUUUAUUGUGUCCGACGGGUCGAAACGAUGAUUGUUAAUAAUAAUAGAUAAGAUGUUAAUUUUA